CAUUUUAAUAACCAGAAAAAGAACAAUACAAAACAUGCGAGUAGUAGCAGUAGUGAAAAACAUGGCGAUGCCCGUUAAAGUAGCCCGUCUCUGUCGCCUGGCAGGACAGACUGUCCCCUCUCUUUCAGUCACAAACAGGUGGGCUGUCAGCCUGCCAGCGAGGAGAUGCUACAUUUCCACCUCGACAGGGAAUAAUCUUCAGUUCAAGCUUGAUGAGCAAACUGCUCACAGCAGUCUGGACCUCUUCAAGAAAGACACAGGCGUCAUCUACCGCAUGCUGGGUCUGGACCCCAGCCAUGUGCCACACAACCCAGAGCGUUUCCGAGACUGGGCUGUCGUGUUUGGUGAUGAGAAGAUUAGCAGCGGACGGCACUACUUCGAGGUGACAGUCAAAAAGUCCCAAGAGUUUCGUGUGGGUGUGGCCGAGGAGCUGAUGUCCAGAGAGGACUGUGUGGGCACCAGCGGCUCCUCCUGGGUGUUUGGCUAUGCUCAGCGCAAAUGGUUUGCUAUGACCAGCAAUAAGAUAAUUCCUGUGACACUGGUGGGCAAGCCAGACCGCAUUGGCAUCCUGCUUGACUACGAAGCUGGCUUUCUGGGGCUGGUGGACGUUAAAAAUCCCACUAUCAUUCACACCUUCAGAGCCCAGUUCAAGACUCCCCUCUGCCCUGCGUUCGGACUUUGGGACGGAGAGCUGCUCACACACUCUGGUCUGGAGGAGCCUGAAGGCCUGAAGUGAAGCAGAAUGAACUGUGAAGUCUGUGGGAAAUCAUCAAAUCAUUUAAAGAUUAAUUACAGGUGAUGGUUAAUUUUCCGUUGUCAUAAUAAUGACUCUUCAUAAUGCAAGUUCAUACUGUUAUCCAUCCUCAGGCAAUCCUAUCACAGAAGCUGUUUUUGUGUGUACCUCAUAUAUUACCUCAGAAAAGGAUGUUUAUUUUUGAGAGGAACAUUACUUUGUGUUUGUGUUUUUUUACAAUGUGCUCUAGUAUUACUCACAGUUACAAAGCUGAAAUCAACACAAAACCUUUUCCAGCCUCAUGUUCAUACUGUACAUUGUUUAAUAAAAUAACGUCACUAAAACUA